CUGCAGUGAGAUUCUUGAGUGGCGUCGCGAGCCGCAACAGUGACCAGGCAGCUCGAGCACAGGUUUUAGGUGUAAUUUAAUCAGAGGACACUAUGUCUCGGAGGUAUGACUCUAGAACGACAAUCUUCUCUCCAGAGGGGCGUCUGUAUCAGGUAGAAUAUGCCAUGGAGGCCAUUGGUCACGCUGGCACCUGCUUGGGCAUUCUGGCAAAUGAUGGCGUGUUGCUGGCAGCCGAGAGGAGAAACAUUCAUAAACUGCUGGAUGAGGUUUUCUUUUCUGAGAAGAUUUACAAACUCAAUGAAGACAUGGCGUGCAGCGUAGCAGGAAUUACCUCAGACGCCAACGUCCUGACAAACGAACUGAGACUCAUCGCACAGAGGUAUCUCCUGCAGUAUCAGGAGCCAAUCCCCUGCGAGCAACUGGUUACUGCACUUUGUGACAUCAAACAGGCUUACACACAGUUUGGAGGUAAGAGGCCCUUUGGUGUGUCUCUUCUGUACAUGGGGUGGGACAAACAUUACGGAUUCCAGCUCUAUCAGAGUGACCCAAGCGGAAACUAUGGAGGCUGGAAGGCCACAUGCAUCGGCAACAACAGCGCAGCUGCUGUGUCGAUGCUAAAGCAGGACUAUAAAGAGGGAGAGAUGACACUAUCAGCUGCCCUCGCUCUUGCUGUCAAAGUGCUAAACAAGACCAUGGACGUCAGCAAGCUCUCAGCAGAGAAAGUCGAGAUCGCCACACUGACACGAGAGAACGGCAAGACUAGAAUCAAAGUCCUCAAGCAGAAGGAAGUUGAAGAACUGAUCAAGAAACACGAAGCAGAAGAGGCCAAAGCAGAGAAGGACAAAAAGGAUAAGGAACAGAAGGAGAAAGACAAAUAAAAUAUAACCUUGCACUUGUUUUCUAUUAAAAUGAGAAACUCAGCUGGGAUUUGUUGAGAAAUUCAUAUUACUCUGUCUGUCAAUCUGUCAUUUUCUUUAUUAAACAAAACUAAAAGAUAAAUGCAUUGGUCUGGGU